AUGUUCAGCCCCAGCAUUUUGAAUCUCAUUGGUGGCCUGGAUCAACUGACAACCAAGACCGUUCUCCUGAAGGCGUGUAUGUCCGCUCCAAUUUGGAUCGCGUGGUCGCGUAUGGUGGGUGGCUGGAUGCCCAGCUUGUCGCAAUAUGGCUUCCUGACAUGCUUUCUUGUGGUGGUGGAAAAAUCUCAAAAAUUAGGUACCGACGAGGGAUGA